GGUGGUUUUUUUUGUUUCUAUUUACGUAUCUACCGCCAUUAAAAGCCUCCUCUGCUGUCCAGGCAGCCACGCCAUUGACACAGUUGGAUAUCUUUAUCUGUUACAGCUUUUGCGUAGGCACAUUCUUUCCCACAGACGAGAACACGUCGGACAUAGAGGCGGUUACAGCGAAGCAAAGCCACCUUAAAUGACAUGCUGACAUAACAAGAACGCAACUCUCCACCCAUAUCUGAGAAGAGUCAGUUAAGAGGUGUCUCACCUUCCCGAUUAUUAUUACUAAGAAAGACGCCUGUGUGUUGACAACACGCGGAGGCAUCUUAGGACAUUUCUGCAGCUCCUUAUUGGUCAGGAGUGCCGAGGUCUGGUGCGUAACGUCGCGCGCAGGACACGCACGGGUCCGGUAGAGAAUUUACUGAGAAAAAAUCCUGUGGAUAUUCAAGUGUUUGGAUUUAUCUGAGAGUUUUAUCACUGUCUGGUUACACUUUACAUGCCAAAACUGGGGGAACAGACUGGAACACGACAGACUUCUGCGCGAAGCUUUAGAGUUUUCGCCACAAUAAUUGGUUAUCGGAUGGACCAGCAUCCCAGCGCCCGGAGCUGCACCAGUCGCGGGGCUUCGUCUUGCGAGGCCGUCCCGACUGAGCCCUCCAUGAACCUGUACAUCCACUCCACCACCGGCACACGCUUCGAGCUCUCCCUGCCCCUGGAGGAGACCGUGGAAGGACUGAAGAGGAGGCUGUCGCAAAGACUUAAAGUACCAAAAGAGAGACUCGCACUGCUACACAAAGAAACGCGACUAAGUUCAGGCAAACUCCAGGAUCUAGGCAUCUCUGAUGGGAGCAAGUUAACACUUGUACCAACAGUUGAAGCAGGAUUAAUGUCUCAAGCAUCAAGACCUGAGCAGUCCGUCAUGCAAGCCUUGGAGAGCUUAACAGAAACUCAGGUCAGUGACUUUCUGUCCGGCCGCUCUCCCCUCACCCUGGCACUGCGUGUAGGUGAUCACAUGAUGUUCGUCCAGCUCCAGUUGGCGGCACAGCAGUCUGGCAGUCCCCAGCUCCAGCACAGACACCUCAUCACCCGGGGCAACGCAGAGACCACAAUGGGACAGCCCACAGGGCAGCCCCGUGUUCCCCACCCUCACCCGCACUCCCACCAUCACCCCCAUCAUCCACACAGUCACCCUGGCCCCCAUUUGUCCCAGCCUCACCCAGCCCCUUCUUCCCCCUCUUCACCGGGCUCCCCUUCCUUCCCCCUGCCCUCUACGCACCACCAGCCGCUCCCUCCCAUGUACCAGUCGCCCUCCUCCACUCACUGUAGCCCUCCUACUCCUCCUCCUCAGCCCCACUCCCCUCGCCCGUCCCACAUCCCCGGAGGUCUGUUCCGCUCCCCACCCCAUCACCAUCAUCACCACCACCACUACCACCAACCUUCCUCAGGCCAACCCAGCCACGACAUCGGCCAGGCCAGCCCUGUAGCCCCAGUCCUCUGCCCUGAGGCUAACUGCAGCACCAACAGCACCAACAGCCCCAACAGCGGCACCAGUCCCUCGGCACGCUCCCGCAAACCUGGCGCCAUCAUUGAGAGCUUCGUCAACCACGCUCCCGGAGUCUUCUCAGGGACCUUUUCAGGCACUUUGCACCCUAACUGCCAGGACAGCAAUGGGCGUCCCAGACGAGAUAUUGGUACCAUCCUUCAGAUUCUCAACGACCUCCUGAGCGCUACACGCCACUACCAGGGCAUGCCCCCCUCCCUCACCCAGCUCCGCUACCAGACCCAGUGUGGUACGCCCACCUCCCCGUCCCCCUCGCCGCCUCCUUCACCCCCAGUUGCUGGCAUGACGGGCCUCUCUGCCAAAACUACCUCUGUGCCCGCCGGCAGCCCUAGCAGCCCUCCGCCGACUCUUCAUCCGCUGGUGCAGUGCCAGAGCCAGAUCCGCAUGUGCAAACCUCCUGGUGACCGUUUGCGGCAGACCGAGAACCGUGCAACUCGCUGCAAGGUGGAGCGUCUGCAGCUGUUGAUGCAGCAGAAGCGCCUGCGCAGGAAGGCCAGGCGGGACCAGCGCGCUCCUUAUCAGUGGCUGCCUAACCGCAAGGCCGGACGCAGCAACAGCAACAGCAGCAUGUCCAGCGAGGGUUCCCUGGACCUGGACUUUGACGAUUCAGUGUGGAAGCCCGACGUCAAGGCCGACUUGAAGUCAGAGUUCGUCAUGGCCUGAACCGCCUGAUCCCAGGGGGAUAGAUUCAAAGAUGUGCAAAACAUUGCUUGGGAUUUACUUAGAGAUAUUUUAAGGGAGUGGAUUGGCAGGAGGUGACUCAGAACUGUGCAAAGAUGUCUUGUGCAAAGAGGAAAUCAAAGUUGUCCUUGUGACUAGCAUCUGUCACGUGGAAAAAAAAGGCUCCCUGCAGACUUUAAUCCCAUUCUGUCCUUCACAGUUGACCUCGUGAAAAAAAGCAACAAUAGCAACAGAACUUUCUUUGAUGCUUGGAUUUGGACAGGCAGCAACUGGACUUAACUGUGUACACGACUUUUAUGGUAUAAUUAACAGAGACCAUACCUGAACUUGAGCAUAGCAGAAUUCAGUGGGUGGUGGUGGUGGUGGUAUUUUCAGAUUUGUUUUUUUAAGAUUUGUUUUUUAAAAGUGCACUCUGGACAGCAAUGAAGAGAUCCACACUGGACUAAUUAACAAGACAGGAGCACCAGAGGCCUCAGUGUUUCCUAAUCACAAGAAUGGCAGAACUGUCGAACUAUGGAUUAUUCCAACGGGCAUUCUUAUUGAUCUCAAAACUCACCAACCAGAGUCCAGUUUUUACCUGUUACGGGGUGGUUAAACUUUUUUUUUUUUCAUUUUUAAACAUAUUAUUAUAUUUUAUAAACAAAAAAAUAUGUAGCAUUGUUCACAAAGCAUUCAGGUUUUCAUAUAACAGUUCAAAGUAGUUGUUGAUUUGCACAUUUUCUUGAUUUAUAACAGCUGGUCAAAGUGUGCAAGAAGGAGGUGGGGCCUGAAAUAGAAUAAAAAAUGAAUAUGGAAGUAUUGAUAUCAACCUCAGUGACAUAGGGUAUCGAUAGGAAUUAUUAAUGACUAAACAAAAUGAAUUAAUAUUAACAGAAAGUGCUUUAGAGGAUUUUAAAAUCUUUAAAAUGUAUAUGGAAAAAAAAUCUAUUUUUAUUUCUCUUCCUAUCUGCAGUUUUCAAAAAACAGCAGCCCUCUGUGGCUUUAGUCAAGUCGUUGACUACCAACAAAUACGUACAUCCAUUCAAUCAUUCAUUAGCUCAUUUAUGAAUUAUAGUCGUCCAACCACAACAGAUGAUACGGAAAGAUAAUUUUCAUCCAGCCCACCUCAUGUCUUACAGACCUGAAUGGACUUGUUGAGGGUUUGUAUUAGAUUGUGUACAUAAAUGUGACAAUUGGCAAAGGUUUAUGAGGGUGUGUGUAUGUUUGAUUUUAGUGUAAAUUGAUUUAGAUUAUCCCAUGUUUUUGUCUGAGUUGUCUUCUCCCAACUAAACCCAUUGUUUCUCAAAUCAGCUGCAUGGGUCACAACUCUUUAUACCAUAACGGAUAAAUUGUCAAAUUAUAAGUUGGUUCCCAGUUCUCGGCCCAUUUCAUGUGUAUCUUUACCACAAGUCCUCAUAGUAAUGACUAUAUUUUUUUAUUGGCAAAGAGGGAGAAGUGGGAUCUGUAUCCAGCAUCAUGAUCUAGUGCCUCCACCAGGACAUCCAUUGACAUAUCAGGUUAGGCCUUUCACAGUUUUGCUGCUACACAUGGGGACUUAAAAAUUUAAAAAAGCGGGAGGGAAAAAGUGACUUUUCUUUGCAUGCAGAAGUGUGAAUUACACUGAUCUUUUUUCUAUUGAUGGAAGAAAAAAAAAGAAACUGGUGCUGUGGGAAUGAAGGUUAACAACAUGCAUGCAUUUGUGAAGAAAAUAAACAAUGCUGCUUUUGUUGGUUAGGUUUUGUAAUUUUUAUUUUUCAAUGUUAGAACAACAGUGUCCUGCUAAAGUAUUACAACGCAAAACCAAAACAGAUGAAGUUAAGUGUGGACUCACGUCUUGCUCAGCACUGAACAUUCCUGUUGUGUGACAAUGAAGAUAAUGAUGAUGAUGGCAUUGAUGAGCAAAGAGCAACUGACUCUCUCUACUCCCCGAACGCUGGUUUUACCCCCCAUGACUCUCAAGGACCCAGACAGCCUACAAACUGUUUAGCCACCUCCCCUCCUCCCCCCGGCCUGAAUGCCAACCGAGGCUCGCGUGGACGUACUCGCAGGGAACCAACAGACCAGUGGAUUUACAGUACUGUCCGUCAAACGUACUCGAGAGAAGACUGUCUCUUUAUCUGUCUGUCUGUCUGAUGGAUCGACCACCCUACCACAAUUGCACUCCCAGAGAUUGCAGUGAGAGAUUACCUUUUUGGUGAACCUCAUCUUUUUUUUAAGUGGCCUUACCUUUCACUAAAAAAAUGAGACACUUGGGGACAAUGGGGGCGGGAAUGUUUUUUGGUUUUUAAACUUUCUGUGUAUCGUUGUCGGACUUGUUGUCAUCAAGGCACCAUUUUUGUCACUGAGGACACUGGGCAUCUGUUGUUUAGUGCUUUUAGCUGGUGGAGUCUCUAUUAUGUCAAGGCUUCUGUGCCUUAAAAUGUUGCCCUUGCAGUGUCAAUGUCAGAUUUAAGCUGAACAAGUUGUUUUCAUUGAUUGAUACACACGACUGUAGUAUUUGCAGCCAUGAGAGUCGUAGAUUUUAGGGGUAAAGCUUGUUUGAGUGAAUCAAAUACUAUUCAAAAGUUGGUGUUGUUCCUCAAAUAUUGCCUUUGUCCCAUUUCUUCAUUGUGUUGCCAUGCUUGUUGGUCUCCGUUGUCCGAACCUCACAUCCCUCUUGACUCAGUCCUCCCACCAACAAGCUGCAAAAAGCUACAAAAUCUGUGUAACUUAUGUUAACUGAGGAAGUUUACACCACAGUACUUACGUGGCAUGAAACAGCCCUGAUUCAGAAUAAGAACGGUCCUCUGAGGACUCCAGACUACAUGCACUUCCUGUUUCCUUGGAUACAACAUUAUUAAAGGACAAUUUAUCCCCAGCCGCUCCCAAAUUUUAUUUAAUUUUUUUGUAUAUGUAUGAACUAUACUCUGUGUGUGCCUCACUUCUGUGUGAAUCUCAAAAAGAUGAAACAAAACAAAAAAGAUGACAAAGCAUUACAGAGAGGAAAAAAACAGUAUGUUGGUGGAAUUCUGAUCAUGUCAUUUAAGUUGCCUGUUCUUUCUUGUAGCCAACUAUUGAAAAUAACAGGAUUCAAGAAUACAAUUUACAAUGUUCUAGCUCUAGACCGGUGUAGCACAUGUGUGACUGUAUUAAUUUAUGAAACCAAAAUGGUAACUGUGAAUUAUGUAUUUCUUUGUGCAUUUUUUAAAAGUGGGGGAGAAGGUUGUUGGGACAUGGCAGCAGCUGUUGCUUGUGUCCAUAAAAACUUGUUUUUGGUGGAAUAUAAUGGAAACAAACAUGUUUCCGAAAAAAAAAGGGGAAAAAAUGAAAAAAAAUGAAAAAAAUAUAUGAAUAUAUUUUUUUUCUUAAGCAAUACAUUUCAGUGUGACUUGUGAUAGAACAUUUUCUUUUUUUAGGUAAUAAAUAAAUAAAAAACAA